AUGAGGAGCGGGUUGGUUGUGUAUGCCACAUUGGCGCUCAACCGAACGAAUAUCUCCAAGUGCUUUAAUUACGUCAAUCUAGGUCGGAAAAUCAACACGGUGAAAGACUUAGCUCCGGAGCUCCGGAGAGAUAAUCUUCGCUUUGCUGAUAACGUCGUUCUUAUAACGCCAAACAUUAGCCAAGCGAGACGAAUGCUUGACGACUUUGAUAAAGCUUGUGGAAAGAUUGGUCUUCGAGUAAAUCCCACACAAACGAUGUUGUUGAAGAACGGAUUGGUUUCGCAUGCCCCAUUCACGCUCAACGGAACGAAUAUUUCUGAAUGCUCCAGUUAUAUCUAUCUAGGUCGGGAAAUCAAUAUGAUGAACGACCUAGCUCCUGAACUGAGUAGAAGGAAAAGGGUGGCUUGGAGAGCUUUCGUAAGCAUCGAGGACGUAAUGAAGAAGACAAAUAACAACGACUCCUUGCCCACCUUUUGCCUCAGUGGUGCUUCCUGCUUUAACGUAUGCGCUUGA